CUAUCACAGAAGGAUGGGGUCACGGAUGGGCUACACGUUGACAGCUGGAACAUAAGAAAUUCGUCGUGGAAUAAGGGGAAAUUCUUUCUGCACAUUUAAAACCAUGUUUCCGAAGGGGAAAGGGACUGCCGUGCCCUCAGACGGGCAAGCUCGUGAAAAGCUAGCAUUGUACGUCUACGAGUAUCUGCUUCACAUCGGUGCACAGAAGUCUGCACAAACGUUCCUCUCUGAGAUACGGUGGGAGAAAAACAUUACGCUUGGUGAGCCACCAGGCUUCCUUCAUUCAUGGUGGUGUGUAUUUUGGGAUUUGUACUGUGCGGCCCCAGAAAGAAGGGACACAUGCGAUCACUCCAGUGAGGCCAAAGCCUUUCAUGACUACAGCGCUGCCGCUGCACCCAGUCCGGUGAUGGGCAACAUGCCUCCCUCUGAGGGCAUGCCUGGUGGACCCAUGCCCCCAGGGUUCUUUCAGGGUCCCCCCGGCUCCCAGCCUUCGCCUCACCCACAGCCUCCCCCUAACGCUAACAUGAUGGGACCCCACGGGCAGCCUUUCAUGUCCCCGCGGUACGCUGGAGGCCCCCGUCCUCCCAUCAGAAUGGGAAACCAGCUCCCAGGUGGACAGCCCUUGCCUCCAAACGUCAUGGACCCCACACGACCACCAGGCCACCCCAACUUGGGCCCCAUGCAAAGAAUGAAUGUACCCAGGGGAAUGGGCCCAAUGGGAGGUGGACCACAGUCUGAACAUUGGUUAUCAUUGCAGAACUAUGGCGGGGGGAUGAGGCCUCCACACCCCAACUCCAUGGGUCCCGGCAUGCCCAACAUGAACAUGGGCCCCGUAGCUGGCCGGCCAUGGCCCAACCCUAACAACGGCAACAAUAUUCCAUACUCCUCUUCCUCUCCUGGCACAUACGGGGGUCCGCCAGGAGGUGGAGGAGGGGGCUGCCCCCCAGGAACUCCUAUAAUGCCCAGUCCAGCAGACUCCACUAACUCUGGUGACAACCUCUACACAAUGAUUAACUCUGUUCCGCCGGGGGGAAACCGGACGAAUUUCUCUAUGGGUCCUAACUCUGAUGGGCCCAUGGGAGGAAUGGAACCCCAUCACAUGAAUGGAUCAUUAGGUUCCAGUGAUCUAGAUGGGCUUCCCAAGAACUCUCCAAACAACUUGAGUGGGAUGAGUAACCCGCCUGGGACGCCGAGGGAUGACGGAGAUCUCGGGGGGAACUUCCUCCACUCUUUCCAGAACGAGAACUACUCGCCGACCAUGACCAUGAGUGUGUGACCAGCCGCGGCGCCGCUAGGAGAACUACGCCGCAGCCAGAGAGUGUGUGUAGAGGAUUAACGCAUAUCUACCGCCAUGCACUGGAGUCUAGUUCACCAGCGUCAGCAGAUUAGAGUCGGUUGGGAACAGUGAAAACUUCAAGCAUCCGGGUUCUCCCGUAGCUCCAUCUUACAAGAAGGACCUGGUUUAUAUCCUCAAAGACACUACUAUGAAUUCCGCCCCUGGAUCGAACUGUUUUUAAAACGAGCUUUUUUUAUUUUUAUUUAGUUACAGCAGUGUUUUCUUUUUGUACUGUCUGAUUUAAAAGUCAGCAUGGAGAUGGCUCCUCUGCUAUAGGAUUUUUUUUUUUACCCAUGAUGCCCUCUCAAAACACGGUGGAAGACUAGAAGACUAAAGGAUCAAGAACUUCGAUGUCCUCGAAAGAAGUCCACGGAAGCCAGUAAUAUGGGAACCGCUCCAGUGCAAAUCCAUUGAAGGGUUUCCUCUGUCCACUGGAUCAAGACCAUUCCAGCUCUCUCUGACGUAAAACAUCAAACUCAGUAACGACUACUGUUGGGAAUUUCUUUUUUGUUUGUUUGUUUGUUUGUUUUAAAAACGCCAUGACACACCAAUAACAACAGUUCCUCAUUGACAGAGACGAUGCCCAGUGAUGAACAGUGAGCUCAGUGAAUGUGGAGGACCGUUAGCGUUGAGUGGUUUAUUCAAGAGGCAGAGAGUGGCACAGAGAACCAUACUGCUCACUUCUCUACCGGUUUUCUCAGCAGAGGGGUCCAUGUUGAAUUGUAUAUCAACCUAUUUUAAUUGGACAGUAAACAAAUCUAUUCUUUUUUUAAGCUUCACGUUCACAUCUAUGUAUGUCCUAUGUCAUAAGUUGUGUUUGAGCUAUUGAUAAACUUGAUAUUGCAGAAA